UCUCUCCUUGUCCAUUCGGUAAGGAGUGCAUAGAAAACUCGACCAGGGACGAGCGAGGCUGCUUCCAACGAGGCUGCACGUGCGAGGUGAAGUGUUCACAGCGGUGUCCACUGGGAUAUCGCUGCCGACCGGGUUCCCCGAAGGACAUCGAGGGCUGCUUCCUUUAUGGAUGCAUGUGUGAGCCUGUUUCUGCUGUUCCAGCGUCAUCAAACACCACUGGGAGCGCAGCUCCAAGAGGAAGCCUGUGGCCGCUGGGAGAUGACAAAGCGCUUCCCAUAGGCGUCGGCCAAGACAACGACAGCUCUUCGUCAGACUUCCAUGACAACCGCCUCGCAAUUCCACACGUUUCUCCGCAAGGAAAUGACGAUCACCGCACCGAUGGGAGUUGGCAUGAGUCCAGCCCAAAAGAGAGCCCCAACGCAAUCAAUGCGCCUUCGGUCUCUAUAGACGUCGCCUUGGAUCUCCACAAGCCAUCGCUCGGCACUGCAGGUCCCGAAGCACCCUCUAGAGGUGUCAGUGCAACCGACGCGAAAGAUGCGCCGCUACUUAACAGCAACACCAGCUCUUCAACGCCUAGUCCUACCCAGCUCCCCAAUGUUGACAACGCGUCAGCGACAGCGUCCGUAAGUCAGAGUAGAGAGGAAAUAUCUGCUAGAACGCUGGCGACGAUCAGCGGAGACGUGUUCAACGGGUCUUUAACCGGUGCCAACGCUAACAACGGGCCCAAGGCUGCAAACGCAUCGACCCCGUUAGACGAACAAACUGACGAUGAUGAUGAUGACGAUGACGUCCCAGGCGACGUCGGGUCGGAACGUUCGGACGGCGACAGUGCGCAAAACGUGACGCUGGGAGGACGGGACGACUCGGAGAGUUCGAAACAUGAGGAGCCUGACGAUUCCAGGACCACUGACGGCGAACAGGGCUCACUAAAUCAAGGGCGAGAUUCAACAUCCAAGACCUUAGAAGACACGCUGCAAUCCAGCGCAUCAACAAUUUCAAGCCAGCAGGCAAUAGAAGGCCACAUCUCGUCUACCAGAGUGGAUCACCCAACUUCCGCUUCCAAUGCCACUGGUGAAGGAACCGCAGAUCAGCACAGCACUCCCCACUGACGGCUGUGGACGAUGGCGCCCACAAAUAAAAGGCGUCCGAA